AUGCCGCUCAUGGAGUCUGCAGCUGCUCCGGCAGAGUCCUCUUAUGAACUCCCCGAUCGUUUGCCUUUCCCACCUACCACCUACUCGCACAUCUUACAUUGCUCUUACCAUGACUGGCAUCGGAGGUAUCGUUCGCUUGCCCCCAAGUCUCGUGUGAUCCCUUUAAGCGCACCCUUCGUCGAGUACCUUCGUGCCGAUGGAAUUGUACUUCCCCCGGAAGCCGUCGCCCCAACCGAUGACGCCCACCUGGACGAGUUCUCCGACUCAGACGAAGAGGAGGAUGACCCAUCUACAGAGUGGAAAGAGAUUCAUACCAAGAUCAAGGACACUAUCGCUGAAUUGGGAGGCAUCGUCACCCCGAAAUUGAACUGGAGUUCCCCGAAGGAUGCAACCUUUAUGAAUGCUACGAACGACUUGCAAUGUCGGACUCCCAACGACAUAUACCUUCUCCUCAAGAGCAGUGACUUCAUUACCCAUGAUCUGGAUCACCCUUUCGACGACUGUGUUCCGGACAAUGCCGAUGAUUCCACUUCAUCCACCGUGGAUUCACCAUUGCCGGAAGUGCCGUACUCCCUCGUUCUCCGCAAAUAUGUGAACUUCAACCCCUCGCUCGAGUUCCGUUGCUUUGUGAGGAACCGCGUUCUGCUGUGUAUGACCCAGCGCGAUCAGAAUCACUUUGACUUCCUCUUCCCCAUGCGUGACAUGCUCCGUUCUCGCAUCCAGUCAUUCUUCGACGACAAGCUCAAAGACACUUUCCCCGAAUCGAAUUUUGUGUUCGAUGUCUAUAUCCCCCAGCCGCACACGCGAGUCUGGCUUGUCGAUGUCAACCCCUGGGCUCAGCGGACAGAUCCGCUACUUUACAGCUGGUUGGAAAUCUUGCAAAAGAAGGAUCCGAUUGGAGUGCAGGAAGAAGAUGACGGAGCGGAGGAGUUUGUUAGAAUCUCUUUACAUGACGGAAAGAUCAUGACUUCUGGUACAGCAGAAGAGCUCGACGGCAAAGACGGUGCGUCCAGUUCUUCCGAGUCCGAGGCGGAAGACGGUGCCGAGGGAGAUGAUGACCAGGCUCCAUUCCUUCCGGAAUUCCGGUUGAUCAAGAAAGACGACCCGGAAGCAUAUGCAUUCAGCUCCACGCAGUAUUCGGCUCAUAAGGUGCCGAAGGAGUUGGUGGAUGCUUCGCUCCAGGGGCCCGGUGGCAUGAGCGAAUUCAUGGGUCAAUGGCACGAAAUCUUGAAGAAGCAAGAACAGGAGGAUAAGGAUGAUAGCACUGACUCCGAAUAA